AUGCGUCUUCUCAGCGUUAUCUUUGGAGUCCUUGUUCUCUUUGUCUUUUCGGCCGAGAUUGGCAAUGCUCACAGGGGGUAUCGGCCACACAAGAAAUGGGGAGACACUGCGGUCUACGGAGAUGGAUUCGGCUUCAAAAUUGACGAUGAUUAUGAUGAUGGUGAUGACGGUGACCACGAUGAUCAAGAUGAUCAAGACGAGCACGUUAAAGAUUAUGAAGAGGAAGCACACACGUCAAUUGAAGAUGAAGAACACGGAGAUGAGCAGGCUGAGGAAGCCGGAGAAGACGACGAAUAUGAGGAUUAA